UAAACCUUGGUUACUACUUUUGGUUAAGGACAUUUGGUCUUUGUUGACCUUAUCUGUACUCUUUAUCUUUGAAUGUGGAUGCAUCAUCUCCGAUGUUAGCUUUCCAUUUCUAUUGUACGAUACAUACACACCGGGAAGCCUUGGUUUAGCACAAUUCAUGUGUUGACCUUAUCUCCUACAAAAUUAGAGGGUGUGAUCUAUGCCACCGUUCGCCAUUUUCACGCAAUUUCUAUCUCUCUAACAUAUUCACGAUGAAGAAACCCUGCCGCUGUGUCGCGAUAGAAAGCUUACAGCUGCGGCUGGAAUGUGGGAAUCUGAGUUCAUCGAUCUGUUUUGAUUCGAUAAAACAUCUUGAAGAUGAAGAUGAUGAGAUUUUGGGAGUCCAUUUCAGACAUGCAAUAGUUGGGGGAAUUGAAUCUGAGUGUAGGGUUUACACGAAUCUAUUCUCGCAUGUCCGAUUGAGGGCCGAGGUCUAUGAGCGAAGGUUUAGGGUUUUAAAAUGUUUGACUCCAAGUUUGGUUUUCAGAAUUGAAUUCGUGGAAAUCGUCGCUUUUAGCUACAAUAGCUUCGGAUUUCCCAUAGUUUUCAGAUUUAUAUCUUCUGCUAUUCUUAGACCUUGACAGGAGGGUUUCACAGUUUUGGAUACAGUUUCGAAGAAAGCUAAGUUUUCCUAUUCUAACAGUUGAAUAUGUAAUAUUAGAUGCAUCAUGACAUGAUUAGAUGAUUGCAGUAGAUGAUUGAUUACAUGCUUUGAUAGUGUAUUUAAUGAAUUUCUUGAAGAAAUACCUUUUGUUGGACGACAAUGUUUCCUCUUGGAUCCAAUCGUGCAUGAAGAUGUAAUCUUCUUCAUGGUCUGCAAUAGCAAUGCUUUACCUACUGUGUUUUUUAUGAUUUGAGUUUAUUAUAUUCAGGCAACUGUUGUAAAUCAAAUAUUGUUGUCCAUGGUUUGGUAUUUAUAGAGCAGUUACAUGAGUUUGUCUUGGAAGACACUAAAGUGUGCUUAAUUAUUUAUGUUAUCAAUUACAUAGAGAACCUGAAAGGUUGCUGUUUGUUAUUAAUGUUAUAUGCAUUUUUUUCAAUUACAUAAAGAACCUGAAAGGUUACUGUGUGUUGUUAGGGUUUCCCAUGUGUGGUGUUACUGUUCCCAUUGAUCUUGAUAUCAAUUUUUCUGGGUAAUAUGUUCAAAAUUGGUUUUUUUAGAGUAUAUUUAACUAAAUCAUAAUCUAUAUAAAUUGUAAGUAGUUUAAAUUGGUUAGUCAUUGACUGAUUUGUAAUUUGGUAAUUCACUUUUUCUAAUUCUAUUUUUUUUAGAACAUGUAUAAGCCAAUUUAAGUACACAUUAAUAAGAAAAAGUGUAUGCAAUUAUGCUUAAAUUUUUAUAACAUGUCACAGUUAUUUAAAAACUGAUUUAGUUGCCAAUUUGAAUAAGUAUAUGAGUUUUCCUUUAUUUGAAAACACUAAAUAUUUAUUUUUUUGCAGGGCAUCUCGUAAAUUGGGGCAUCAAA